AUGCUUGCUGUGGACAUGAUAUUAUCGAACCUGGCUUUCCAAAAGCGCAAGGAAUUGAUAGAGAAGGCCGAAGAAAAAGAACGGCUUGUGAAAGAAAAGGAAGAGAAAGAAAGGAAAGAAGCUGAAGACGCUAAACAAAAAGAAACAACAGCCGAAGAAGCUAAAGUUAUUGACUCUGAGCAGCAUGAUCUUCAUGAUAAUUCUGAGCAUGAAGAUUCACAGGAUCCUGUGGUAGACAAUCCCGAAAUGGUCAAUGCACCUGAGCUUGACCAUUCAAUUAAGGAUGGAUCUCCAAGUGAUGGAGUAGAAGAUAAUGAGGGCUCCAUACAGAACACAGAACACCAAGGUGAAGAUCCAAAUGUUGAUGAAAAAGCUGAUUUCAGUACUGGAAAUGAGGAUGAAGAUAUAGCUGAAGAUAUUGAGACAUUAUCCAGGGAAGAGUUAGGACGUCGCGUGGCAUCCCGGUGGACCGGAGAACAGCCUGGGCAACAGGAGGAGUUUGACACCUCUUUAGAUAAGAAUCAUGAAUAUUCGGAUGAGACAAAAAAUGAAAUUACAUAUGAGGACAACAAUGACUACGUAUCAGAUGAUGAAGAGCAUAAGUAUGAUGAUGAAGAUGAAAAGGAAGACCUAGUCGAUGAUUUUGGAGGGGGGGAUCAUUUGGAUACAGGUUCUUCUCGUGAACCUGAGUCUGAUGAUGAGUAUGACUUGUCAGAUAUUACUGGCGCAAGUGGCUCAUCUUGGCUGGAGAAGAUACAGAAGAAAGUGAAAACCAUCUUUCAGGCUGUCAAUUUGUUCCAGAAACCUGUUAAUAUAUCUGAGGCUGCGCAUAUACGAAAAGAAUAUGAUGAAUCCAGUGCCAGAUUAUCCAAAAUACAGUCAAGGAUAUCGAGUCUAAAACAGAAACUAAAACAAGAUUUUGGUCCAGACAAGGAAUUCUAUUCGUUCUAUGGUCAAUGUUUUGAGACAAAGCAGAAUAAGUAUGUUUACAAAGUCUGCCCUUUCAAAGAAGCUACCCAAGUGGAGGGUUACAGCACAACCCGAUUGGGGAGCUGGGAGAAAUUUGAAGAUUCUUACAGAAACAUGCAAUUUUUACAUGGAGAUAAAUGCUGGAAUGGCCCAGAUAGAAGCUUAAAGGUCAAAUUAAGGUGCGGUUUGAAAAAUGAACUUACAGAUGUUGAUGAACCAAGCCGAUGCGAGUACGUGGCAUUUUUAUCCACUCCUGCACUUUGUCUUGACAGUAGACUUAAGGAACUAAAGGAAAAAUCGGAGUCACUGAACAAGGAUCAACCCCAAGUACAUGACGAGCUAUGA